AUGAUUCGACGCUCCUGCUCCCUUGGGCGUUUGAUCUUUUGGGUUGCUGCAGCCUCGAAGCUGUGGACUGUCGCUGGCUCUCUCAGCCGGGGGCUGGAGGGCGCGUCCUGCUGCUUCGCGUGCUUGGAAUGGGUUGCCCUGCCCAGAACUCAGCGCAACGGGGCAUACUAUUGCCUCAUGCCUGGGACUGGCAGUUUUGCGAGGUUUGAGGCCGCCGGAGCACCCAACUCGAAGAAGGGGCAAGGUGGGAGCGUGCGUGGUCGGCCCGUCUUGCCGAGCACGCCCGCGCCCGCGCCCGCACCCGCGCUCGCCACCUCGAACGGGCUGGCUGUUAUUCGCGGCCAGGCUGAGCUUGUGUUUGGCCUGGCAGAAGCCAGCCUCUUGUGGGAGCAUAUGUGCCGCGAACGCCUGAUGGCAGUCGUGGCACAUCCUCAUCAUACUGGGUUGCGGGGGCUGUCCGCCCUGCGGCUACUGCCAGUUCUGGAGGAUUGGGCAGAGUCGAUGGAGGAUGCUGGGAGGGUGAUGAUGGGACUGGGGCUGGGAGGAGGAAUCGGUCCUGGCUGGAGGGAGGUGGACAAGAGCUGGACGGGGAGCGAUGUUGAGUCGGCAUAG